AUGGCGACUCUCUUCACUGCAACAGCUCCUUCCCACCACCGUCUCGUCUCUCCUUCCCAACAUCCGAAGCAAAAUCUUCCAUCUCAGCCGCUAAGCGUCGCCUUCACUGAGCAUCCUGCACCGGCUGCAGUCGCAUUGCAGCAGCAGAUGACGGAUUGGGUGGCUCCUCCGGUGACACGACGGUUCGGAAUCGGCGCCGGAUUUACCUUGGCCGGUUUUCUUGCUUUCGACGUUGUCUCCAAGCAGAUGAAGUCACAACAACUCGAUGUGUUCCAAGAAAACGCUAACACAAGAGAUUUUGAAAAGCAAGAAGAGAUAGUCUUACCAAACGGCAUAAGGUACAAUGAUGUACAAGUAGGAAGGGGAGCUAGUCCAAGCACAGGAUACAUGGUAGUGUUUGAUGUAAAAGGACAAGUACAUGGAACAGAACAAGUGUUUCUCGACACAUUUGGAAGCAAGAAGAAGUCAGUGUCGAUGGUCAUGGACUCAAGACCAUACAGCAAAGGACUUUGCCAAGGCAUAGAGUAUGUUCUGAGGUCAAUGAAAGCCGGAGGUAAACGUAGAGUGAUCAUUCCACCGUCCUUAGGGUUUGGAGACAAGAAUGUCGAAUUUGAACCGGGUUUGAAGAUUCCUCCUUCUUCAACACUUGAGUAUAUCAUCCAAGUUGAUACUGUCUACUGUUUCCAAACUCUUGUAUGA